AUGGUCUACAUUGCCGGCCUCAAUGUCUACGAAAUACUGUGCAGGAGCCCUGUCUCUCACGCCCAGGGUGUAGAGUCCGUCGUCUGGCUUACCACCUUCGCCGGCGUAUACCGCGGCUUCCGCAACCACGCAAAGGGCCAUCGGCACAGGCUGCACGCCAAGCACGGACUCCCCCAGACGAACUUGGACACGGGCAUUCCUCAAGCUCCUGGAGCAAACAUUGGCGUGAAGCCGCCUACUCCUUUCCUCGUCAAGUUCUUGUCUCCGGUCGUUCACGCAGCCAUCAUCGUUACGCCUACUGUGUACCUCGUCAGCACGGCAUGGGGCAGUAUGGAGCAGCCUGAGUGGUUCAGCAACUGGGCAUUACCCGACCUUGACCUUGAAGUCGGCCCGUUCGCUACAUUGAGAACACUCGCCUGUGUAGCGAACUAUGGUCUCCUAUACAUUCUUAAGCGCACUAGGCAGCAAAUACACGCGGCUUCUACGCCUGAGAAGCCUUCCAUCCCACAGGAGGGUCCAUACAGCUUUGUCCGCCAUCCCAUGGCCGCGGCAACGCUCUUGGGCCAGGUAACAUAUGCCCUCAUGUGGUGGAACACCAUUCCACUAGCAGCAGCAGCAACUACUGCCGUAUACCUUACUUUCCAGUUACCUCACGAGGAACAUGUGAAAGAAACUGACCUCCUAACUGGCACACAAUACUCGGAGUACAAAAAGCGAGUGACCUCGCGACUUAUCCCUUACGUCUGGUAG